ACAAAAUGUUGCCGACACCUGGAGAUGUGGCUUAUAGUCAGUGCGGUUUGUAUUCGUGAAAUUGCUGUAAUAAGGACAGCUUCCAACACACAUUCUUUUAAUACAAUAUUGCUUAAAUAUAGACUGUUUAUUUUUUGAAAGAGCAUCUAAAAUGGGAAAUUUUAAAUGAUAGUUGCCACAAGUUACCUCUGACUGCACUCUCAGAAAAGCAGAACUAACUACUGUGGAAAUACGUUGUACAUUUUUCUCUAAAACGAUAAUAGUUUCCUGGUCAGGAAGUGGCAGUGCAAUAGCUUACAAAAGAUGUUCUGAAAAGCUUCUAGACGAUGUCCUUGAAAAAUGAGGAACUGUCUAAAACCAAAAUUUGCACAGAUUAUUUUACAUGUGCUGACUAUCUCAAGAGUAGAGACCCCUGCUUCUACCCAGCUUACCCAGGGAUGCAGCUCUGGGGGAGGCUGGUGUGCAGGUCUUUAGUUUAUUUGUGAAAUGUCUGGUGCUCAGCUUCCUCACUUCCUUAGUCCUGUUCAUCCUUUCUCUUCCAGACAUAUUCAACCAGAGAUGCACUCUGUCCUAGAAGCAUCACUGAGGAGAUGCAGCACUUGCCACACACAGACUGGUUGCUUGGUCCCCUUGUAUCUAAUACCCCUGCAUGAAGUCCCAGAAUUCCCUUUCCAUUGUGCUGGCAGGCUGUUAAAGACAUCUCCCUUUAAUUUAAAGGCUCACAUUGAUGGAGAACUCAGUCCCUUGGCAAUCAGGCUGAUUGCUCUCUCUCUGAAAAAUCUGCAUUGUAUUUCUACAUUGAUUCUCGGUGACUUCAAUUUCCAGUCCCUGGGUAUUACAUCCUUUCCUAUUAAGAAGUCCUCUAAUACCUCUUCUCCCUGGGCAGUCAUUUAAUCAGGUUAUUUGUGACAUACUAAAUAGGCUGGCAGCCUUAUUUAGGCCCCACAAUGCAGCUGGUCCCAGCCUUGACCCUGCUCCUCCUGUAGUUCUUUGAUUUCAAGAUAAUAUCUGGUUCCUAUUUGUCCAAGACUAGAGCAAAGAAUGAUGUCACCAUUGUUACAAGAGGAACAGAGUGGGAUAGCCAGGAAGUCCCCCACCAGCUUUCAUGUGAAGAUUCCAGGCUUUUCAGGUUUUUGUUUUUUGUUGGUUGUUGGUUUGGUUUUUUUUGGUUUUUUUUUUUGUUUAUUUGGGCUGGGUUCUUUUAGGUGGGAGAGAGACUUGGGUGUUUUGUGAAUACAGAUCUAUUUAACUGAUACAAGAGCAGAUGAGAACUCUGAUUUCCACAAGGGCAACCUGUGAAUGCUGUUGUAGGUGCUUGUGUAGUCCAGAACAAUCCUCAGGGAAGAACUACACCCCUGACCUUGCCACAGAUAGAAUGUGAAGAGUUCAUUUGGGAUCAUCACUAUUACUGUUCUGACCACAAUGCUGCUGAUAUCCUGGGACAUUUUUCUGGUGUUGUGUAUAAAGCCAAAGUCUUGAAGAAAGGCAUCCUUCAGGAAUAGCAGAUCUCUGGAACUGGAAAGGUAGGACAGCUUUUUCAUAUACCUAAUGGAAAGCCUAUAUUUGGCUCAGGCUGCUUGAAUACUAGCCUAACCCACUCUCCCCAAAAGUGCCUCAAGACAUCUCUAUUUUCUCCUGAAGUCAACAGUUUGAGGCUCUGUUGACAAGGCUCACCAUCAUGCUAUGUUGAUGUGGGGUUUGGGGCCAGGGUCUGCAGCAGCAGGAUCAGGAUGUUCUUACAAACAUGGACCAGCUUGCUAAGAAUACCAUGCCCCCUUGUUACAACCUGCAAUGGUACAGCAGACUCCAGAUUUCUUUCCCUGUGGGCUUACCUGCACCCGCUUUAUCCACAUUCAACCUCUCUGACUUUCCUAAAACUUCCAGAAUGACCUUUUAACUGAGGUAUGCUCCAAUUCUUCCUCCAGCAGUGACAUCCUCUCUGCCCCAUGGAACCAACCUCUGGUGUCUCUAAAUCAGCAUGUCCCCCCAUUCCUACUCAGUUUCACUCAGAUUCUCUCAGGGUUAUCUUGCAAACAGGCUUUGUGCAGUCUGACCCUCUGUCCCUGAAUGCAAAACCAUCCCUGCUCCUAGCAGGACAGCUCACACCGUGCUCACUGAAGGACCAAAACACUUCAAAAGAGGGUGAGCUGGAGAGAGCCCCUGACCUCAUAUGGGGAGAAAGAGCAGGCAGGAGGCAUGGGCGUGGGAAACAUUCAACCUUCAUGCUCAGAGCCCUGGUGCAGGCAUUCUUCCAGACACAGCUGGUCCUGGCUUGGUUUCCCCGCUGAGUAUAGAGAAAGGCCUUCCUCAUCAUUUUUCCAAUGGUCAGACCAUAUGAACAGUAUGUUGUUUGAGCAUGGCUUGCCUGGUUCCAGGGUCAGGCUAAUCUCAGUGCCCCAGUCCAGGGAAAGUCCAGGCCCACCAGGUUGAUAAUUCUUCCUAACUGGAGCCAGUGGUUGCCCAGUCUCUCUUUCCCUGUGCCCCUUUUUCCUUCUUUGGCCAUUGCUGGUGGCAGUGACCUGCAGCCUUCCUUGAUCCAAGAGGGCAGGCUCCCUGUCAGUCUACCGAGCCAGCAUGGAAGAAGGCUUGGCUCCACUCAUUCUGGAUGAGCCAAGUCAGAGAUAGGUGUUACUGCCAUCCCCAGCUACUCCAGCCCCUUACACAGUCACAGACAUUAAUAAAUGGCCUGGAUACUGCCUGAGGGAAAGUUUUCAUGCCUAAUUCAAUGUCGCUAAAACCAGCAGUUGUUGUUGAUGUGUCCAUCUUUUCUGCAACUGCUGAUAUCAGACCUCCCACUUUGGACAAGUCUCUGUGGGACAAGACUGCCACACAAGGCAGUGUGGCUACUCACUUCCUCAUUAGUAGAUGGUGUUAAUGCACAACAAAACAAAUCCAAAUCAAAGAAAAAGAUGGGUUUUUUUCAUACAUAUAUCCAAGAGCCUUGUAUUCAGAUCUCUGUUACUUAUCCCAAUUAAACCGAUCUACAGAUGACAGACAAUGAAAAAUAAUCAGACAGGAACUGACUUACGAGUCACAGACCCUGUAAAUUAAGAGAAAGCCCUCUGUUUACUGACUGGCAUUCUUGCAGGUUUGCAGAGUUUAGCAGUGUGGUCCUAGAGCUGAGGUUGAGCAGACACAUCAAGCUAUUGGAGGUGAUUUACCAUUUGACACUAAUUCCAUCUAAAGGAAAUGAUAGGACGGAAACUGCAUUUAUGUCAACAGGAAUUCACCUUCAGCUCAGCUCCAAAUGCUUUUCUGAAAGAUACAGUUCCCAUUCCACUCCUGGGAGGCCAGGGGAGGAAAAUUAACUCCUUUGCUUCUGAAUUAAUCUCAAAAAUGUCUCAGCUUCUGUGCCAAUCUCUGCCUGCACCAAGGUCCUGUCCAAGGUCUCCUGGCCACAUUUAUCAACCUCAAGAGGAAUGCACAGGGCACACAGUGUCCUGGAAUCUCAGCCCAGUCCAGAGCAGAGGUGUAGCUUAUAGGCUCUGAGUUAAUCUCAGCUCCACCUUUUCCAUGGUACCCUGCUGGUUUGAAAAGAAACGUCCAUUCCCACAGGAAAGAAAAAUGUGUUCCCAGCUCUUCAGUGGCACAGCUGCUUCCCUAAGCUUUCAUGCAUAUGUAUUGGUUCUUUGGCUUUCUGGAUGAUGCCUUCAUACCAGUAAGCAGCCGUUGACAAGUGAGUGUGUAUCCCAAGUUAUUUGGUGAAAGUGGAAGUGUCCCAAGGUUGCCAUUCUCCUCUUCCCCUGGCUCACUGUGCUUGCAUGAUGAUGCUGGGGUUCCGAGCAAGGAGGAGGAGAAGAGCAACCUCCCUGAGUGUUCAGGGAAUUUUUUCUCACACCUCAGGGUUAAUUUUAAAUUUUCCCAGCUCUUUCCAUCUCACACAGAAAAUCUGCAGGGCCUCACUUUACCUCAUUGCAUUACUCUCUUGGUGAUGGGUCUUCCCCGGCAGCUUGUAACAAAGCAAUCCUGUUCUGUGGGGGAAAGUUCUUUCAUUCUGAGACAGCUGCUCACUGAUCUCUGCUCAAACUCUGACAUCCCAUUGUCUCAGAGAGAUCAGCAGGCUGAAGAAACAGAAAUAAAUGGGAAGACCUGAUCACUGAAGCUGCUUGGGAGGUUGGAGAGGGUCAGCUUCAGAGGUCUGUUCCACUUUGCAUCUCCGCUCCCACUGCCAGAGAUAACUCCUUGCUUUUGAGCUUUCACCCUCAGACAGAGCCCAGAAAAGCCAAUUUGAAGGACUGCAGGACAGUACUACUGACACACAGCUUCCCACUCUACCAGUCUUAUACAGAAGAUACAUCUUUGAGCCAGAGCAGGAACUCUGGUUAUGGGCCCAGGGGGAAGUGAUGGAGUUUGUCUGCACCUAGGGCACAUACUGCAAAAUGAGGUACUACUAAAUGUGCUGGAAAACCAAGAUAGGCCCAGAGGGAGAUCAGAGUUAACACACAGCUUGACCCUUUUCCAUACCCUGCACACAGCAUGUGUUAGAACAGCUCCCCUGACGCACUGCAGCAGCUCUGUUUAAUGGCAGCACAAUCCAAAGCACUCUCACUUGCUCUGGCUGUGUUUUGCUCAUGGAAAACAGGAAAAAAAUUAAUCAAGGUACCUGAAAGAGCUCAUUUCACAGCAAUAUAUUUUGCCAUUGCAACAGAACAUCUUCUACAGAAAAUUCCCAAGCAGUGUCUCUAGCAUGGCUAAAUUCAUUCUGCCAGUCUACAACAGCCAGCUGCACUUGCUCUUUCCAAGAGAAUUGAAGAAAACUCACAAGACCUAAAGACAAAGUAAAAAGGCAUCCCAUUGUUCCCUGUCCCACCACUGCUCAUCUCACGCAGUGCUCUGAAGCAGGGAGGCUUAGUGGCAUUUCUGGAUCCUUUUAUAAAACUUAAGCACAGCUAUUCCAUCCCUGUUAACUACAUGGUUUUCUUCAUAGGCACUGACAAAGCGGGGGCUGUUCAUAACUGCACUUUCAGGUGGAGCUGUUUAAGAGAAGUCCCUUUUGUGUGCAGACAAGGGCUUUGAAGCUUUGACUUCGUGCCUGUGAUCAAAAACUUCCUCAGCCUUUCAGCAGGAUUGGAAGGACAGGGAUUCCAAUUGCUGAGAAACAGCCCUUUUUGCAGUCAGGGAAAAAGUCAUUAAGCCCUGAUUGAUUCCUCACUUGUUUUGCUAUAGAACCACAUUUUUCAGUGAUGGAUUUCAGCAGGUGACAACUGUGUGGCUGUUCAGCCUCUGCCCAAACUACAGGGAAAAGCAGAGUGGCUAGGAAUGGAGGGGGAUUUAAUUUCCUGUCCUCAGCCUGAGCACCAUGUGUGCCUAAAGUAACGAUGGCAAGCAGACAGUUCUGCUUGGUUUGAAUUUUAUUUAGGACCUGAUUUUCUGCUUUCUACAGGACACCAUUCUCCAACACCAUCCUCAUAGCCCAGGGAGCAUUUUGCACAUGCUGGUGCUGCCACCUGUGUAUGAAAGCAGCCCUCCUUCGGAUCAGCCAUUGUUCCUCAUGGAGGUGAAGAAUCAGGAAAGAAUCAGGAAGAAUCCAAGUCUCACCAGCACUGAAUAGCUGGGUACCUGCCAGGCAGAGGAGCUCCAGUGAGUUGUGGAAGGGAUCUUCAAACACAGCUAGAGAGUACAAUUUUUCUCCCCUCACACUGGGAGACCUGCAGCAUGCACUGCAUUGCAGACAAAGGCCUGCAUUGUUGUGCCAGUGCCUCACUGUGUCUUGCACUUGCUUUUUCAUGGCUUGUGUUAGGACUGAUCCCGAAUACCAAAAACCCAGCAUUCAUCUGAUCCUUGAGAGCAGCAAUCCUGAGGCAACCUCUUACUGCUACCCCUACUUUGGCCACCUGGAUGGUUUUUUAGCAGCUCUAACCAUCUGCAGCUUCCCUAAAGGUCACUUUCCAGCGUCCUAAGAACCAUUUAACCAGGCUGGUCUCCAAAGAGGACCUCAGCCAGCUGACUGAGCCAGUAUUUCUGAGCAUCUGGGCUCUUCAGCUGGAGAGGGAAGGGAUGGGAGGUUUGUUCAUAUCAAAAUUAGUAAAACAGCCACAAGGUAAGACAUAGAGGGAUCUUCACAUAUAUCACAGCACCCUGCAAUGCAAUCCAUAAGCCAUCUCUCAUAGCAGCUGACAGUGCUGCUGGCAGAUAAACUAAAUAAUGACACUAUUGUGUCCCCUACCCAUGCCUCAGCCAAGUUAUUUCUUCUUCGUGUCUCUCCUCUAGAAAUGCAAUGUAACCAGAUUGUCCUCAAGCCUCCCAUCAUAUUGGAUGGAAAUUCAGAAGUUAUUGCAGGUAGGAAAACAAAAAAAAAGCAGAUGCAACUACAUGAGCCUCAGUCCCCUUGAAAAGUCAUAGUUCCUUAUGCAGUGGAAGCAAAGGGGAGUGUGGGUGAGCUUCAGAGCACUUGGCAGGAAAGGCAAGUAGACAAAUUCUCUGGUUGGAAGGCAACCUAACAAUUUCUCCCAUGCAUCCUCAUGUUACUGAGUACAUGGACGCAUAUUCCCAAACGUGACUACGACUGCUGACUGAAGGCUCCUUCCCCUUGUACCUCACCAAACUUGUUCAACCACACCCCUGUUCAGAAGGGUAUCAGGUAUCCUGUGGCUUGUCCGGGUGGUUUUCCACUUAAAAAAGCUGGGAUAGCAAGGUGCUCCUCCUGCUGUAGGAAGGUAGAGGAGCAGCUGAGUCCUCAACUGAAUUCUUUAUCCUAGUCCUUCUUCCUCGAACUGUCCUUUCUCUGGACCUCAACAUAUUUUGCUCUUGCAAAGUGCAGAUCUCCAUUAUGGAGUAUCUUGCUCAGACCCUUCAUUAAAGCAACACCAACUAAAUUAGCUCCCUAGAGAUCUGAUGAUAGCUUGGAAAAUGUUAAAAAUAUUUAAAAGGGAAAAAACCACAACUAUUGACAGUGGUAAAUGCGUCUUAAUUAAAACCUUGGAUUGCACAAUUCAAACACACCGCAGUCAUCCUCCAACUCCCUACAAAAGUUAAUGAGAUUUUUUUUUUUCCUUACAGUCCCCCACUAAUCCACAAACUACAAAAAGGGAGUCAGAACUGAAAAGGAAAUGUGAGUGCAGGAUUAGAUACUGAUUGCAUUUACAGGAGUAUAAUGCCAACAGGAUCCCUUGCAGAUCAUGCUGGCAUUGUUCCAGGAAGCAUAGUAGCAGUUUCUGGGCUGUGCUGCAGGCAAAACAAAAAUGUCAGGCCGUAAAUAACUGAAGCAAAAAGUGAUGAUGAAGAAGUCCACCUCAUGUUCCAAAUGAAAAUCAAAUAUCAGGUACGGAGGCUUUUCUGCUCCUUCAGUCCAAAGGAAACUAUAAUUACAUCCUUGAUUUAUGAAUAAUAGCAGUUUGGUUGGAUUUUUUUAUUUUAAAGAGUCCACAGAGCUUCACUGUUGCCAAAGCCUCUUGUAACUCAGGCCAACAGCGAAAGAGAGAAUGUAACUACCCUGCAAAUUCCCUUGCAGAAAACAGAGCAGACUUGGUAUCCCAAGGCUUGCAACAAACAUCCCCUACUCAUGCACAAAACAAAAACAAACAAAAAAACCCCAACAAACACGAGGGUUCUUCAUGUGUGCAAGUCUUUCAAAAUCUAUAUAAUCCAUCUUAAUGCGAAAAGAUCAAAGUUUGAUUGAGACUAGGUCAGGGCUAGCUAUUUGCUUAAAGCAAGUGCUCUGUUUACCCUGGGAUAAUCUGUGAGUGUUUCUGUGCCCAUUUACGCUCAUCCUCCCCCUCUUCAGGAUGCCUGCUCACACACUGGGAAAUUCAGUGAGUGAAAUCUACUCCACAAAGUGCCCCACAUGCCCUGGGCUCUGUAGAGGCUACCUACACUCGCUUUCCAGGGAAAGGGGAUGAAAUUCCUGUCAGUGGCCCUCAGGGAGCUUCAGUGAUGAGACUGAUUCAUUUUCUGGGGUUGGAUGUCAGACAAAACAUCAUGCUGCUCCACUUCUGCAGAUGGAUUUGGGACACAGAGCAGUAUCCCAGGAAGUGACACCUGCUUGGAAUGAAAUCUUGCAAAGGGACAACCAUCACAAUCUCCAACCACCGGUUUAUUCCACAGCACAAAAUUUCCCUAGGAAAAAUAACAGGUAUAUGGACCUCGUGGCCUUAAAAGAGUUUGAUUCUGUUUGGCUCUUACCGGGGAGAGGGGGGGGAUUUUGGUGGGAUUUUUGGUGUCAUGUUCUUUGUGAUUUUUUAAAAAAUAUCACUUAGCACUAUUAAUACUACAGCUCAUUAGUGAGCACUCUGUUACUUCCUAGGAGUAAAGAACUAGAGAAACUUCCUCAACAAAAUCAUAAAAGGAGCACUAGAAAAAGGAAAAGUUGAUAUGGAACAGCUGUAAAUUAUCCAUUUUUAUGGAAAGAAGGGGCAGGGGAAAAAGGCAGGAAAAGAAUGUGUCACCUGAAGACACAUGCUGCUUUUUUGAAAUUGCUGUCUGGCUUUAUUAUAGAAUCAUAGAAUGGUUUGGCAUGAAAAGGGCUUUAAAGGUCACCCAGUUUCAACCCCCCUGCCACGGGCAGGGACACAUUCUACCAGGACAGGUUGCUCAAAGCCCCAUCCAGCCUGGCCUUGAACACAUUCAGGGAUGGUGCAUUCACAAUGUCCCUUGGCAACCUGUGCCAAUGCCUCACCACCCUCACAGUAAAGAAUUUCUUCCCAAUAUCUAAUCUAAAAUUGCCUUCUGUCAGUUUAAAGCCAUUUCCUGUGGAUACCAAAAAUCCCUCUCCUAGUUCUCUUUUAGACCCCCUUUAGGUACUUGAAGGCUGCUAUAGGGUACUCUAAACAUUUUGCCAAUGUUUGCUGAUUUUCUAAAGAUGCCAGCAAAGGGGUUUUUAGUUGUUUUGACCCCUUGAGAAUAUCCUAUUGGUAUUUCUCCCAUGCCUCUAUCUUGGAAUAAAUGAAAACCCAUAAGCCCUUUUAAGUCUCAUCAAGCAAGUUUUGGGGUCCCAUCCACCUCUUUCUUGCACAUUAGAGGACCUGACUAUAGGCUUAGAAAGAUACUUCCCAGAACUUGUCAGUGAGGUUGCAAAUGUAGAGAACAGCUCUUCAGGAGAAAGGGGGGAAGUGAAGACACCUGAUGGCAUCCCUACCUGUGUCACAGCCAUGGGUCAGGCUACCAUGAGAGCUCAAAAAAUAAAAGGAGGGAGAGUAAUUAAAAUCCCCUCAAUAAAGUCCUUCUCAUUCUGUAUCAAUGUUUUCCAUAGGCUUAGCAGUGGCAUGGGAUUCAGCAGCCUGUUCAAGAAGGACUGAUGACCAGUAUGACACAUCAUGCUUGCCACAUUCUUUCUUUGUGGGACAUUUCGAAAGAGGAUUUAUCUAAUCCCUUCCUACAACAAAACUUCAAGAAUAUUUUCCUCCAGCCCCCUUUACACCACCCAUAGUGCCCUGCAUUAGGACUUUACCUGAAGCCAUAAGAUGCCUCUGCUCAAAAAAGGGCAAUGCUGGGGCAAAGUGAAAGGCAGCCAUCACCUUCCUGCUCACCUGAAACAAAUGUACACACAUACAGAGUGAGGUCCACCCCUCUCAGCCCUUCAGUGAGACAACACUUCGUUUCCCCCAAAUCUGUAAGCUGGUUAUUUCAGCUGCACCACAAAGUCUGACCCUUUCCCUGGUCUUUCAAGCUUCUUAGCAUGGGCCAGCACUGCCUACAGAGGAUCUUCUGGAAACCAAGAACUUGCACCGGAGAAUCCAACCACAGAGCUGAAAAACUCUGCAAGCCACAGAGAAGCAAAAUACCCCUCUCCCCCUGUUUCUCUUCUUUCUGGAUAUCACCUGGAAAAAACUCAUCUUCUCUAAUGCAGCCCUUUCCUGUUGUCAUAACCCCUUUUAUAAAUUUAGGGUGUGAUGUUCUCCUCUACCACCAAACCCAAAAUGUUUUCUGUACUGGUUUUGUUCCACACAGCCUGCUUGGGUAGGUAUCCCUAAAACCUCCCUCUCUUACUCAAACCCCACAUCUCCACAUCAGGGGAAGCAAGACACUGGACCCAUCAUCUCUGUCAGGUGACCACACACAGCUGCACAUAUGCAAGCCAAAAGCCACAUCCCCUGGGCUCAUUGCCUAUUUCCUAGGUAUGAAGUUUCCCCAUGAUCCUUAAAGCACAUGACUGUAACUCUCCUCACCCCCACAACCCUUUCCAGUGUUGUAUCACAUGUAUCUGUCCACACUUCUGCCCAGUCCUUGAGGAUCACAAAGCAAAAGUCCCUGUCUCAUGCAAGACUGGUGCUGCUAUCACCAAGCCACAGCUUUGUGACUGGGCUUCAAGGUAUGUGGUCAUCAGCAGGAGACAAAGUCUGCACCAGAGCUGUGAUGAUUCAGGGGGUUUUAGGGUGGUUUUUUUCUUCCUCACCAGCCAAUAAGAGCACUCACAGAGGCACUUCUUCUCUGGCAGGAAGCAGGGCAGUUAUAUCUCUGGCUGCUAGGCUCCUCUUCUGACUCGGUGGAGAUGGCAGUGAGCUUCGCCUGCAGCUUCACUGCACUUUGCUGUUUGGCACUCUGGAACUUCACCAGGACUUCAGGUGUUACAAAUGUACCACCACCCCACUCAACCAUAAGACCCGGAUACCCUGUCCCAGUGAAUACCAACAACCCUGGGGUCCGCAAGGCCACUCGCUUUGGGGUUUACAGAUACAACAACAGCUCCAAUGACCUCUUUCUGUUUAAGGAAUCACAUAUAAAGAAAGCCAUGGUACAGAUUGUCAGAGGGCUGAAGUACAUGCUUCACGUGGAAAUCAAACGCACCGUGUGUGAGAAGAGGGAUCACUCCCGCCUGGACAGCUGUCACUUUCAAAAGAAAAAAAUCCUGCAACGGAUGUUGAGAUGCUAUUUUGAGGUCUGGAUAACACCUUGGAGACACAAAGUACAUAUCCCUGUUGUCCACUGUCACCAUGACCUUUCCCCAUGAGAGCCUGACUUACAGAAGAUCUCCCACCAUGAGUUUUUCCUUGCCUGGACUGCUGAGGUCAAUAUGAAGUGAGGAACAGCUCACAGAAUUGCCACAGAGCUUUUCUCUCAAAGCACAUGGUUGUUUUUUCCUUGAGAAGGACACUCAAAAGACAAAGCCUGCAUUGACUGAAUGUCUUGCUAUCCAGCUGUGUAUCUAUUUUUCCAAAACUAAACUGCAUAUGAACAUGUGUUGUCCUUCAUUCACCAUCCAUCCUCCAGCUGAAUUUCCAAGCACUUCCAGAAAGCUCUGUUGCACUUGUUUUGUGAUGAACCUUCACAAAGCCAUGAUGGAAACAAGUCUAAACCACAACAUGUGUGAAUACAACACUGAGAAAAGCUUUACAACAGUGGGAUGGUUUGCCUGGGCAUACAUAUACACACAAGUUUUAAGAUUUUCCAGUGCCAGGGACACAUCUGCCAGGAAGGCAAGAGGGAGAGCUGUUCUUUUUUUUAAGACAGAGGUAUGGAUAAGGAUGUCUUGAAACACAGACAGCCCAGAAAUUACAGUCUAACAAGUCUUAGUCAAAAGCAAAGCUAUACUGUGAAAGGGCAUCACCACAAAUGCCAAGGCAAAUGCCAAGGCAAAUAAAUCUAAUCAUAUUCCAAAUAAUAAUUCUGAGGUUAAACAGCAUAAUUCCAUUCAAGUUAAUAUACAAUAUUUGACCUCUGCCAGACCACAGCUUAUAUUCAAAUUCAGUACAAUGAUGGUCUUCUCUAGGUGGACAUCUACUAUUCCUUCAAGUCUUCACUCUUCAUCCAUGGGCUAACUAUUACUUACAGUGGACUAAGGCUCCUAUUAGGAAGGAACUACUUGUGUAGCUGCUUCUUUAAAACAGCCAUAAAGUCUGAGCCCAUGAUCAGUCAUACACAGACCAGCACUUCUAAACGGGUAAGGUCCUGAUCUAAGCCACAAAGAACACUUUUUUCCACAAACACCUCUUUUUUUCUGAGAGUUGUUGCCUUUUUGCAGCAAUAUUGUAACUCCUAUUAGCAGCAACACCUUCACUUUCAGCCCUCAUAACAACAAUUCAAUCAAAAAAGGCCAGUGAAGGGCUCUAAGCCAAGGUCUGGGGAUUUUAAGAUGGAUGGUAUUAAUAGUACAGCUGAGCAUUUGCUCCAAGUCAUCCCAAAGCUGGGCAAGUCUCAAGUUUUGCUUCACAAACACCACUUGUGAUGAACAGGUGGUCCAGCAGCAGCUCAAAUUCAGCAUCCAAUGCUGGAGAGGCAGCUGUGUUGCAUCUUAUCUUUGGGAACAGCAUUGUCUUGUCUGGGGAAAGACAAACAACAAACAACAAAAAAACAAAAGAAAAAACCAACAGUGACUGCUCAAAAAAAAAAGCUCCAGAAGGGCCACAAGAGGAUGCAACAUGAUGCUACAUUCAGCUAUCAUACAAGCCACCACCAACAGUCUGGUGCCAAAGACAAGGAGAAAGAAAGUCAUCUAUGGUGGCUUGGGUUGUCCACAAAGCAGGAAAGCCAAGCCACAGCUAAGUUUGUAGGAGAACAAGAGAAGCCAGAAGAGCUGUUCUUUGCAUCUCAGAGGGGUAGGAACGGUCUCAAUCCCUCUUCUCCUUCAGCUGCAUGCUUCACAUGAUGCCAAGGGCUUCCAACCAGGCUGUCAGCUCUAGACAGUCUGGGCCAGAACAGGCUAGGCAGAUCCAUGCUCCUUCCUUCAGCCAGCAGGACAGCCUGGUGUUCAGGAACAGAUGUCAUUUACCUCUCACAUGCCACCAUGGGGGCAAGCAGGCAGCACACUGUCACUUCAGGUGCCUGCAGAGAUGCAUGCAGGCAGUGAGCAUAUCACACAACAGUGUCCCCUGUGCGACUCUCCAAGCCCCUGACACACAGUGCUUCAUCUCAGUCACCUCACCAAGCCAAUUCUCCAUUUGUCAGAGCAACAAAAGUUACAGCCAGGUAAACCUGGCACCAUGCAGGCUGACAAACCCAACAGGCUUUUGCUGUUCUCCCAAGGAAGAUGCAGUACGACUGUUCAGACCUCUCCAUCCAAACAGACAAGCACCUGCUGAGAAAGACAGAUCAGCCUUAUGGCCUUAUGUUCAAAGCUGCAUCCAAGUGUUCACUGUUACAUAUAAUUCCAGUCUGCUUUACAAUAAGAAAGGCUACGGUAACAGAGCGUUCAUCAGCACCAAAGAAAGGAGCAGAGCCAAAGUCAACUGAGCUCUUUUUAUCACUCCAGAACACUUCACUCAGGAAGGAUUUGGGUAAUUAAGGAGGAGGAUACUGCUAGUACUGACCUAAAGAACUGCAGCUAAAUACCAUUUAAUCACAAUGACAUGCAGCAGUCAAAAAGCCAAUGUCUCUGCCUUCUGCAUCUUGGCUCCAAUUUCCAUCACGGUUAACAGUUCACCAAUUCGCUCCAAGGAGUUCAUAUCCUUGCAGACCUUGCUGAGUCUCUGACAUCUAUUUCAGGUUACAAUGUCAAUUCAACAAUAUUUUUAGUAAAGAUUUAGGGCAUGAGGUGAGAAGGAAAACUCGUUUCUAACAGCCCUGUAUGUUGAAGAAAAAAAAGGAACAAUCCCAGAAGUGACAUUAACAGCUUAUGGGACGACCACAACCUGAGUUUUACCAGAGCUCCAAAGUGGCCAGUGAUCCUCAGAGAUCUGCAUUUGCUCAAAAACUCUUCUCUGCAAAUAUUUCCUCUCAUACACCCACUUUUUAAAUUGCAUAGGAGACAAAUUGCCUGCCACCAAAAUAUAAAGCAUUACUGACUGACAGACUUUCCACUUUGCAUUCUCUUGACAUCAGCUGCUCUACAUGAAGGACCCGGAAAUUCUGCCUGUACCAGAUGCACCCAGUUUCACAAACUGACUGACUUUCAGAGCCCACUGACAACUGUCACAGCUACAAGGAACCAACACAAUGUUUAGCUGGCAGCAGACAGAUAAGGAGACAUGACAGCUGCUGACUGUGACGAAAAAGCCUUGCACACAUAGCAGUAAGUUGUUGUUGUAGUCAGCUAUAUUCUUCAGUCCCUACCGCAAACAAAUUAGCAAAAAUCAGCUGCCUCUGUGCUCAUUCUUUUGCAGCACUGUUUUUAAGCAGGCUAGAUGAGCAGGCCAAGUGUCAGCAUCAUCAGACCCCUGUUGUGAUCACUGAGCAGACAGCCCCAGAAGCUUAAGAAGUCAUUAUCUCACCUGCAAAGUUUUUACUGGCACAAAGCAGACACAAAUUUAAAGGAAUCAGAUUUAUGCCUAGGCUUUGCAAUCACUUUCAUCAGCUGUUCACACUGAGAAACCAACCUUGGCAUAAAGGUGUGAGGGGCACAUAAGUUGUAUUUCAGCAGCUCCAGUACAGAAGUUUGCUCCAGACAAGAAACAGGGCAGUUUACUAUGGUGUAACAUUUCAAAUACUUUCAGCAAAAUCCUCUCAAUACUUGUGCCCCACACAAACAUCUAUUCUACCAACAAGACAAAGCAAAACAUAUUCUUUAAAUGCACAGCUGUGGUGUACUCCAGCUCAGUUCCUGUCCUUGGAUAGUUUCACUGCAGGGCUUUACAUUAAAUCAAAAUUUUCAGGACACAGGGCAACAUACUCUCAUAUGCCAGUCUGUCCCAAAAGAAACUUGGGGAAGACACAGGAAGCAAGCUCAGGCUUCUCUGGGAGUUAUGUAGAGAGAACAUCUUCCCUUCUUAAGGAACCACAGCCCCUUUUCUUCUUCCACCAAAAGCUUUGACAAGACCUUUGGAUACCUCUGUAAAUGCUCUUGCAUCCAUUAAGACUUCUCACACUAGAGAAGAGCCAGUCUCAGACCUGCAGAGGUGUCCUGUUCCUGCACUCAUGUAAUCAAAAGAGAAGUCUGGCUGGCUUUUUCCAAGCCUGAUUUGUUCUAGGUUUCUCCUUGCUCAAGACAGGUGUAUCACCAUCCAUCUAAAAUCAACUCACCAUUGACUCAGCCUCUGUGGAAGUGGAAUGAGCCUGUAAAAACAGUCCUCACAGGAGUAUCAAGAGGACAUUCAUUACGCCACUUUGUUUAUUCCACAGGCAUUUUAGUGCUGCUGCUUUACUCUUGUGUUUGAGAGCCAAUCAAAGAUUAGAGAUUUUUUUAAAAUUGUUUCUAGAAAAUACUGUUCUUAAGCAUCUCUUAUGCUGAAUAAUGAUCCCUGUGUGUCAGUCAACCUGUUUCAUCUGGGUUUUACUAAAGAUCCCCCCACUUCUGCAUACCAUGGAUGAUCAGGAUCCAGCACAACACUGGGAAUGGGAGCCAGCUAAAAUGAAGUGUUAAGGUUCUUAUGAGACAUGGAACACCAGUGGUGUGGUUAAGCAGCCUGUCACCAUGCAAGGUUUGCUGCUUAGCAUUGUGCCACCUACCACUGUUGGGACUUUACAGACUUCAGAAAUAUUUAAUCUCUCAGACAGAAUAAAGCCCGUCUGUCCAGCCUGUAUAAACAGAGGGUGAUUAGGGGUACAAGUAUAGUCAGUUUGCAGAACCUUUAAAAAAAACAAAACUAACCGAGUACUGCACUCUGUCCAAAGGUUACUUGGUGAAACACUUUGGCAAAUAAAUCACUAGUGAUAACUGUGUCCCAAGAGGCAAAGGCUUGCCCCAAGGGUGCCAAAGCAUCAACAUAAAAGAAUCACCACAGUAGAUUUGCUUUUUCAACCCCAACUUGAGAUCCCAUCAAGUUUAACUUUAAUAUCCCAUCAGAAGAGGACAAACAGCUGCAAGGGCUGGCAGAGUAGCAUUAACCAGCUGGUACUGAAGCAGCCUGCCCUGGACUGGGCUUUCCCAAAAACAGCAACCCCUGGCCUGUACAGAAACAAGUCAGCCUGAUCCAGCAGCCAUCAGCUACUUGCCACAGGACUGCUGCAGCCUGGCAGUAACACAGAACAACGUGACAGAGGUACUGACAGGGAAGAGUCACUUUCAUUUGCAUAGCCCUCCAUUAACAGAAGAACAGAAGGCCAGUGAAAUCAGGUGACAUUUUUAGCAUCACCUUCCCCUUUUCUGGUGCUUUUCACUAUAUAUUUAUAGCAAAUCUUUUUCCUUUCCAAAGGUGACGAAAUGCAGCAAUUGUGUAAGUUUAGGUUCGACUAUCACCCAGUGGCGGAAAAGGAGAGAGCAGCAGAAACUUUGAUUCUUGAAGUAUGAAUGCACGAAAUCACACAGCUGCUGAAACAGCCUCUCUAGUUCUUCAGGAUGCAAAACCUCUUUAAAAUCAUAGGAUGCUUUGAGUUGGAAGGGACCUCAAAGAUCAUCAGGGACACUUCUCACUAAACUGGGUUGCUCAGAGCCCCAUCUAGCCCUGGUCUUGAAUAUUUCCAAGGGUAGGGCAUCCACAACUUCUAAGUAACAUGUUCCAGUCUCUCUGCUCUGUGAUCCUGCCAGGCACAGAAGUGGUCUUCCUUUCUUCCUCUUUUUUUUUUUUUUUUUUUUUUUUUUCUGUUUCCCCCUGCCCCUUUUCUAGUUGGUGGGAGCUUAACUGGACUACUACAACUUCUCAAAUACAACAGAUAGUGACUUAGCCCCUUCAUCCAUCAGUUCCCUCGGGAUCUGUAGGUACAUUUUAACAAGUCCUGUGGACCUUCAUGUUCCCAAGAUGAUCUAAAAUGUGAUCUCCUACGCUCCUACGGUGGGUGAUUCUUCAGUCUCCCAGGCCCUGCCUUUCCCUUCUGCAGCUUGAGCAGGGUGGCUGGAGCACUUCCUGGUGGAGAUGGGCAAAAAGUCAUUGAGCAGCUCAGCCUUUGCUGUGUCUCAGGUAAUCAGGUCUCCUCUUUCCUUCCAGAGGGGAUCUUCAUUUUUCCUAGUGCUCCUUUUAUCACUCACAUACCUGCAGAAGCUUUUCUUGUUGUUCUCGAUGUCCCUGGCCACAUUUAAUUCUCUUAGGGCUUAAUCUCCUCUAACCUGAUCCCUGUCUUCUCAGACAAACUCUAUAUUCCUGCCAGGCUACAGCUCCUGCUACCCUCCAUAGGACUCCUUUUAGUGUUUGAGCUUGUCCAGAAGCUCCUUGUUCAUCUACACAAGGCCUCCUAGCAUUUUUGCCCAACUUCCUCUCCAUUGGGAUGCAUCACUCCUGAACCUGGAAGAGGUAACCCUUGCAUAUCAACCAGCUUUCUUGGGCCCUUCUUCCCUCCAGGGUUUUGUCCCAUGGUAUUUGACCAAGCAGAUCCCUGAAGGUGCCAAAGUCUGGCCUCUUGAAGUCCAGGGCAGCAAGUUUGCUCUACACCCUCCUUCCUGCCCUAAGGAACUUGAACUCCACCACCCCACGAUCCCUGCAGCCAAGGCUGCCCUUGAGCUGCACAUUCGCCCUCACUGUUGACGAGCACAAGGUCCACCAUAGCCCCCCUCCUUACUGGCUCCUCUGUGUAACUGAGUUAGUGUCUGGAGUUCCUUUGUGCUGCCAGCCAUUCCAGCCACAAAAUGUACCAGCACAGGCUUUCCUUUGCAAUAGCUGGCAGCAAAGCAUUCUCCGUAUUUACCAAGCAGAGUAUCUGUUAACAGAGGAAGUCCCUGGAGAUGCAUCCAUGAGCUACUAUUGCAUUCCAAAAACUUCCACCAAAGCCUUCCUCAUCCACUAACAGUAGAUUUUACAGGGAUCAUUUGAGUUCACAUCCAUCUUCAGACACCAAUCUUCCCCAAAAAUCUUCACCAGUUCUUCAUAAAAAGCAUGUUCAAGAGGAUUCCUGCAGGAUUCCUCUCCUCCCUGGAAUGGCCACAUAGAUAAAGAACAGGAGACUUUUAGGACCUAGUAAAACAUGGAGGAAAUACUAUAAACAACCCUUUUCAAACCCACUGGAACUAGUCCUUAAUAACAUAAAAAAAUGCAACUUUCAUUCAUCAUCUAACCUCAAUGCUAUAAAGAAACAGGACUCCACAGGUAAUGAUCCAAUUUGAUUCUGCAUGUUGAUUAACAGUUAAUUGCAAUGUCUGAUGUUACUUACACAGGCUGGGACUGAAGAAACCCAAUGGCAUAACUAGAUUCCUAGGCAUGUCCUGGAUGUUGCUGCCUCUACCACAGCACCAUGGUACAACAUUAGAAUGUGCACUGUAAUCACUCCUGGACAGGAGGCACUAAAACAGAAAUAAACACAUGCAAGCCACCCUGUUCCACCCAAAUCACACACAAUUAAAUUCCAUCCAUCACAAAUCAUUCCAGUGUAAGAGGAUAUAGAGUUGCAUUAAAGGCGACAUGAUGGUGUCUGUUCAAGAUGAUUCCAAACAAGGCUGGGCACAGGAAAAUCAAUGGAUUUCCUUGGAGGAA